CAGGCGAAACAAGAAUGUGUCCCCUACAUAUAUAUAUAUAUAUUCCUACUUGCUACUGCUGUAAAACCCUCUGGAUAGCUACUAUUUUAGUGCAGGAUAACAAAAUAUAUGUGCUUUAAACUCAUGAAAUAAACUGAGUAUUCAGAAAAGAUCAAACUUUUUACCAUUGUUUUGCUCGCAACUAAAUGAACAAAUUUAGCUAAUCUAAAUUAAAUCAGUACUAACAUGUAACCCUUACUUUUAAAAUGACUAUUAUUUAUUUUUUCAGCAUCUACAAGAGAAAAAUGUAGCUCUGCAGCCUCAGCUUGUAGAGUUUCGAGCUAGAAUUUACCUGAGGAAGCCACCAAACAAGAACAAAACUACAUUUAAAAUGAUUCCAGUUGGACUUUGACUAAGGCUGUGGUUGUUCUGAAGAAAUGUUAAAUGUGUAAAUAUUUUUUUAUGUGAAAGUGAGGCCUUAAAAUGGAGGGAGAACAAUGAGAAAUGCUGUAAAUAUUUAAAGACAGAGUAGGAAAGUUUACCUACAAAAAUGCUGACAGGCCUAAAAAGUGUCAAUGGUGCCCUUAAACAGUGUUAAAAAAAAUAUUUACGCAGAAAAAAUGAACAGAUCACGAGUUCCUGUUCGGUCAUAAAUCACACGUCACCGGUCAUCAUGUUUUCAUAAGUCAUCUUUACGCUGGACAGUGUGGCUUGUCACAUUGCCUCAUUCCCCUAUGAACCAAUGCUCUUUUUUUUCCUAAGCAAUGUUAUCAUGUAUGGUUUUGACAUUCCAAAAAAAUCCUUCACAGAAACAUGACUCUGACUGUUCGUCUAAGUUCCUGUUUUUAUGUUCAAGUCCCCAAACACUUCUCAGUUCUGUGUUUGUUUAUUAUGCUGAUGCUUUCUGAAGGAGAAUGAAGUCGCUAAUGAUAAACAAGGUUUCAUCGGUCAGGAGCAAAGCGGGAUCUUUGGGAAAUGCUGUCAAAUCUCUUCUCUGUCACCUCUGGAACGUCUACUCUUCCUCUGCUCCAUCAGGCGCAGAUGUUCUGACUCUGCUGUCUUUAUGUUCAGCAUGUGCCAUUGUUACUGGCGGGCUGCUGUAUCACUGGCUGUGUAAGACUCUGAAAUACAGCCAUGAAGCCUCUGUCCAGAUCUCCUGCUGCUACAGCGUGGGCCUGCUCCUCGUGUCCUUCCUGUGCCACCCCCUGCGCUGUAUGCUGACGAUGAUGCUGCCCAUCGUCUCCUCUAAUCAGGGCCGCAAGCUUCUCAUCUCAGCCUCCUUUAUGAUUUUAGUGUUAAACGUCAUCCCGAACAUCACAGUUAAUAUGGGGGCCGUGGCUCGCAUCCUGAGGUGCACAGCUGAAGGAUUUGCAAAGACUCUCUUGAACUCUUCUGAACUCUUCAACAAAGCAAAGCAAGACCUUGUGGAUGAAACCAUCAAGGCGGAGUGGGAGGACCUGAACAUAGUCAACACCCUGAAGACGUUCAAUAACUUCACACAUGUGGAUGUGUCCCUGGUUAAAUCCAAGUUUACAAAGGUGAUCGGGGAGAUUGAGGAGAAGUUCUCAGGAGCGCGGGACCUGAUCGGAGAGUACAAACUGCUGUCAAAUCGGGUCCUUGCGGCCGUUUUUGUUGGUUUAUUGAUUGCAGAAUCUGCACGAUAUUUAAAGUCCUAUCUGACAUCAGUUCAGUUUGAUAAUAGUCACAUUUCUAAAGAACUCCUGCAAAAAUCACCGUGUGAGACCAAACAGUCCAUCAGGGACAAAACUAAACUCAGAAGCUGCUUGAUAACAAACCAAGAAUGUACUUCUUCCUUUGUGUCCCUGAUUGUUGUAACAUUAUACUUCACUGCAAUCGCUUUAUUUGUAGCUUUAGACUACGUUGUGUACUAUAUAGUUCAGCUGGUUUUGCCAUGGGUGCAGGAUUUUCCACCAACAGCUGCCAGUAUAAGUGUGGACUAUAAGGUUGAGUUAUUCCUUCCUGCUUUUUGCCUCAUCCCGAGCUCAUGCGCCACUCAGACGCUGACCAACUUCCACAGAGAUUACAAGUGGGACUUCAACCCAGAGCCGUCUAACUGUGCCGCCGUCACUUCAGCUCCGAACAGAGGAGUCACGCUCCUGCUGGGAUGCCUCUGGCUGAUGAGCUACCUGAUGGUGUUCCUGGAGGUUUACGCCAAGCGGCUCUGCAGAAAAAUCUGUGCCUCGUUUUACAGAGAGCAGGAGGAGAGGAGGGUGGCAUACCUGAGGGGGAAAAUUCAUAGGAAGCAGGUGGAAAAAGGAGAUCGAAAUGAAGGAAAUUAGAUGAAUCAUCACAACUUUGACAGUUCAGCAGCAUGUUUGGAUGGAAGAAUUUAGCUGUUAUUAUGUUUGACUAUUUCUUAUCAGAAGAUUAAAUUAGGUGGCUUUAUUUCAUUACAAAAAAACAAAAAAAAAACAAAUAUGGAUUUAUUAACAAAAUGCAACACGUUCUGUUUGAAAUAUUAAGACUUAAUAGACUUACUUAACUGCAGUUUGAAACAGCAUUGGUGCAGCACAUGCUGUCACAUCAGAUUCUCACAUUUUGAAGCUUUUUCUGCAUUUUCUGAUGUGGUACUGGAGACUGAACAUCCUGUUUGCGAAAUACUGCUGCAACACCUUUCCUUCUGCAAUCGCGUCAACGUUCAAAUAGCUGGCUGUCUUGGUUUGUGGUUUUUCUAUGCCUCGGGUUAGAUGGAAACAUGCUUGCUGACAGUUGCAGGUUUCCCUGCUAAAAGUCACAGAGCUCUGUUUUUUUUUUUCAUCCAGUACAAUCUGUUUCUGCAGGUUUCCUCCAAGUCAAACUGAAAAUGUUGUUUUUCCUGUUUCUCUUUUUUUUCCCUCUUUCCGUUUAUUCACCAAUCAGAUCCACUAGAUGCCACUAUUUUCCUUUGAACUGGCAAACACAGACAGUAUAGCAGCUCUUGACAGAAAAUUAACAAUAAUACAUUUAUUCUUUCACUCACUGGCCCAAACAGAAAUCUGUUUUCAUCCACCGAUUCAAAGGGAUGUUUUAACCACUACAUCCACCCAGGGACAAUGUUAUAAAUAACCAGAAUAAAAUGUUUUUUUUUUUUGUUUUUUUCCAAAGAACAAUCUCUUUACAUGUCAAACUCUUGCUUCCCGUGAGGCUCUGAGGUUAUUUUGAGAACUUAUCCCAGACUAUUUAUAAGUUGUUUUAUUUAUCUUUUACUUUUAUCCGGGUUUUAUGAUUCUAUAAAAAAAUCUGCAGACGGAAUAAAAAUAAACCAGAGUUUCUUGGAAGAUUCACAUCACAGCAUUAAACAUUGAAGCAUAUAAAAAGUGGGACAUCAACCGUGAGUUCAUUCUUGAGCGUGGAAUGACGUCCAUCCAUCCAUGUUCUUCCUUUAACCCUGUCGAGGUCACGGGGAGACUGUUCCGGCUACUGUUGGGCAAAGGCGGGGCUUACCCUGGACAGGUUGCCAGUCUGAGUGGGGCACACAAUCACUCCCACAUGCACACAUAGGUAACCCUUAGAGUAGGCAUGAAUGCCUGGAGAAAACCCAGCAUCUUGCACGGGGAGAACAUGCGCAGAAAGAUGUAAGCCAGGAUUCAAGUCAAGCCCUUCUCGCUGUGUGACAAGACAAGACCAGUAGGCAAAGGUAGGCGACUGCCUGGGGCCCCAAGCUGAAGACUUAAAACAUUUCUAAAUAUUUCUAUAAUAAUUUUCAUGGACGUCGUUAUUUGACUCUGUCGUAAUAAGAGAAAAAAUAAAAACAUAAAACCUCUCACGUUAAAUUGUUUCAUGAUCCCCCAUAAAUCUGCAGGAAUGGAUUAUUCCAUAAACAGAACGUUAGCUAGAAGAGAGAGAGUUUGAAAAAGAAAAAAAGUGGUAAUCAAUCAUAAAUAAAGAGCAAAAAGAAAGCAAAAAA